AUGAGGGGAGCCUUGAAGAUUAAGGUGAGUGAAAAUGAAAGCGAAUCCACAUCAAGUGAUGAAUCCUCUUCUCAAAGUGAUGAAGAGAACUUCACAUCCUUCAUAGGUUCGCAUACCUCCCUCCCAAGAGAAACUUACAAAGAUAAAGAUGAGGAAGUUGAGUCGAUUCCUACCAUGGAGGUAGAUGACUUAGAAAUUGAACCCUCUACGAGUGAGGAUGAGACAAAAAGUGUUGAGGACCUCCAAGAUGAAUACAAUCAAUUAUAUGAGGAGUGUCUAAAACAAAGUGAGAAGUUGCUUUUAUUGAGUAUGAGGCUCAAAACGAGUGAAGAUGAGAAGAAAAAACUUCAUGUGGACUUGGUGAAAUCUAAGGUUGAUAUUUGUGGGCUUGAGGAGGAGAAUAAGAAGUCACUCCAUGACAAGGUGAACUUCCUUGAGAGUGAGCACCAAGGGCCUUUAGAGUCUAAAAAAGGUCUUGAGUACAAAUUGAUUAAACUUGAUAGAGACCUUCACAAGUCACAAGAACUCUUAAAUAGACUACCGUAG